AUGAAAAGCCUUUACUUUGUGGCUGGAUUGUUUGUGAUGCUGGUACAAGGCAGCUGGCAACGUUCCCUUCAGGACACAGAGGAGAAAUCCAGUUCAUUCCCAGCUCCCCAGACCGACUCGCUCAGCGAUCCAGAUCAGAUCAAUGAAGACAAGCGCCACUCGCAGGGCACAUUCACCAGUGACUACAGCAAGUACCUGGACUCCAGGCGUGCCCAGGAUUUCGUGCAGUGGUUGAUGAAUACCAAGAGAAACAAGAAUAACAUUGCCAAACGUCAUGAUGAAUUUGAGAGACAUGCUGAAGGGACCUUUACCAGUGAUGUAAGUUCUUAUUUGGAAGGCCAAGCUGCCAAGGAAUUCAUUGCUUGGCUGGUGAAAGGCCGAGGAAGGCGAGACUUCCCAGAAGAAGUCAACAUCGUUGAAGAGCUCCGCCGCAGACACGCAGAUGGCUCUUUCUCGGAUGAGAUGAACACCGUUCUCGAUAGUCUUGCCACCCGAGACUUCAUAAACUGGUUGCUUGAGACGAAAAUUACUGACAGGGUUUCAACCUCAAGACAGGAGGGCCACUCAGAACAUCCAGCCCUGAUUCCACGGGCAGCCUUUCAGGUUGCGGGAGUUUCAGUGAGGGCGAGCCAUGCUCUCCCGCCGACCUACAGCCUCCCGGCUCCACGUCGGAUGCCGGGCGCCGGCUCGCCGCAAAUCGGGCUGUCACACCCCUCCGGCGCGCUCCCGGGACCUCGCACCCUGCGCGUCCGGCGGCCGCCCAGUGCCCCGCGCGCCCACAGGGUGGUGCCUCUCCGGCGCCCCCAGGCCCGGACGCCAGAUCUCCAGGGCCAGCGCGCCUUCUCCCGCAGCCUGCCUGCAGCCCUUUAUACCCAGCCAACCCUGCGCUCACUAAUGUUUAACUCGGGGCUGAAACUUGGAAGCGCCUUUGCGCGCGACGGCAAACUCCGCUGCCUCCUGUGCAGCCCGGGCCCCGACCCUCUUACCCAGGCUGGGGCCAGACGGCUGGCUCUAACUGGACCUGACCUGCCCGGCUUGCAGACACCCUGGAAGGUGCUCCUGGGAUUGCUGGCGAUCGCUGCGCUCGUCACCGUCAUCACCGUGCCCGUGGUUCUGCUGACCAAAGGCAAUGAUGCUUCAACUGAUAGUCGCAGAACCUACACUCUAGCUGAUUAUUUAAAAAACACUUUUAGACUGAAGUUCUACAACUUGAGAUGGGUUUCAGAUCAUGAAUAUCUCUACAAACAAGAAAAUAAUAUCUUGCUAUUCAAUGCUGAAUAUGGAAACAGCUCCAUUUUCUUGGAGAACAGUACAUUUGAUGAAUUUGGACAUUCUAUAAAUGAUUAUUCAGUUUCUCCAGAUAGACAAUAUAUUCUCUUCGAAUACAACUAUGUGAAGCAAUGGAGGCAUUCCUACACAGCUUCCUAUGACAUUUAUGACUUAAAUAAAAGGUCAUUAAUUACAGAAGAGAGAAUCCCAAACAACACACAGUGGAUUACAUGGUCACCAGUGGGUCAUAAAUUGGCAUACGUUUGGAACAAUGAUAUUUAUGUGAAAAAUGAACCAAAUUCUCCAAGUCAGAGGAUCACACAAACUGGGAAAAAAGAUGUAAUCUAUAAUGGAAUAACUGACUGGGUUUAUGAAGAGGAAGUCUUCAGUACUUAUUCGGCUCUGUGGUGGUCUCCAAACGGCACUUUUUUAGCAUAUGCCCAAUUUAACGACACAGAAGUCCCACUGAUUGAAUACUCCUUCUACUCCGAUGAGUCACUGCAAUACCCAAAGACCGUGAAGAUUCCAUAUCCAAAGGCAGGAGCUGUGAAUCCAACUGUAAAGUUCUUUGUUGUAGAUAUCAGCAGUCUCAGCCCGAACGUUAGUGCAACUUCCAAACAAAUUGUUCCUCCUGGUUCUGUGUUAAUAGGGGAUCACUACUUGUGUGGCGUGACAUGGGUAACAGAAGAAAGGAUUUCUUUGCAGUGGCUCCGCAGGAUUCAGAACUAUUCGAUCAUGGAUAUCUGUGACUAUGACAGGUCCACGGGAAGAUGGAUUUCCGCAGUGGAACGGCAACACAUUGAAAUAAGUACCACUGGCUGGGUUGGAAGAUUUAGGCCUGCAGAGCCUCAUUUUACCUCUGACGGGAAUAGCUUCUACAAGAUCAUUAGCAACGAAGAGGGUUACAAACACAUUUGUCACUUCCAAAUAGAUAAGAGAAGUUGCACAUUUAUUACAAAAGGAGCCUGGGAGGUCAUUGGGAUAGAAGCUCUUACCAGUGAUUAUCUAUACUACAUUAGUAAUGAAUAUAAAGGAAUGCCAGGUGGAAGAAAUCUUUAUAAAAUCCAACUUCAUGACUACACAAAAGUGAUGUGCCUCAGUUGUGAGCUGAAUCCAGACAGGUGUCAGUAUUACUCUGUAUCGUUCAGUCAAGAUGCAAAGUACUAUCAGCUGAGAUGUUCUGGUCCUGGUCUGCCCCUCUAUACUCUGCAUAACAGCAGCAAUGAUAAAGAACUGAGAGUCCUGGAAAACAAUUCAGAUUUGGAUCAAGUGCUGCAGGAUGUCCAGAUGCCCUCAAAGAAACUGGACUUCAUUCAUUUGCAUGGAACAAAAUUUUGGUAUCAGAUGAUCUUGCCCCCUCAUUUUGAUAAAUCCAAGAAAUAUCCUCUGCUAAUAGAAGUAUAUGCAGGCCCCUGUAGUCAAAAAGCAGAUGCUAUCUUCAGACUCAACUGGGCUACUUACCUUGCAAGCACAGAAAAUAUUGUAGUAGCUAGCUUUGAUGGCAGAGGAAGUGGUUACCAAGGAGAUAAGAUCAUGCAUGCAAUCAACAGAAGAUUGGGAACAUUUGAAGUUGAUGAUCAAAUUGAAGCAACCAGACAGUUUUCAAAAAUGGGAUUUGUGGACGACAAACGGAUUGCAAUUUGGGGCUGGUCAUACGGAGGGUACGUAACCUCAAUGGUGCUGGGAGCAGGAAGUGGUGUGUUCAAGUGUGGAAUAGCCGUGGCGCCUGUAUCCAAGUGGGAGUACUAUGACUCCGUGUACACGGAACGUUACAUGGGCCUUCCAACUCCAGAGGACAACCUUGGCUCUUACAGGAAUUCAACAGUCAUGAGCAGAGCUGAAAAUUUUAAACAAGUUGAGUACCUCCUUAUUCAUGGAACAGCAGAUGAUAACGUUCACUUUCAGCAGUCAGCUCAGAUCACCAGAGCCCUGGUGGAUGCUGGAGUGGAUUUCCAGUCAAUGUGGUAUACAGAUGAAGACCAUGGGAUCGCCAGCAGCACAGCACACCAACACAUAUACACCCACAUGAGCCACUUCCUAAAACAAUGCUUCUCUCUACUUUAG